GAUCACUGCUACGCUGGCUACAACCCCUGUGUACCAUCCCCUUGUAAAAACCAGGGUCAGUGUGUGAGAACGGGGGUGAAACAUGAAACCUUUACCUGCAACUGUCCUAUUCAGUGGUCUGGCCGACUUUGUGAGAAACAGCUGUCACCAUGUGAGGUCGCGCGUCAAAAGUUGGCCCACGCCGACCUCAAUGAUCUCUUCGGUAUAGGGAAGUACAAGAAUCAAUCCACCUCCCACAGUCCCCGCGAUAAGAAACUCUUCCGAGUCUGCAAAAAUGGCGGCAUCUGCGUGGACUUGAUGGAUGAAUUCAAAUUUAUUUGCAACUGUACAAGUGGAUGGAAAGGAGAGUUAUGCGAAAUCGCAGAUUGGACCAAUACCAUUGUUGCGGCCUGUGUAGUAAUCGGACUGCUUCUAAUAUUCCUUUGUGCUAUUAUUCCCUGUUGCUUGCGUAUGAAAGCACUGCAAAGAAAAAAAACGCCAGUUCCUAUGAUCUACGAUCGUGGAACGAAUGAACCUGCAACGGAGCGUAUUCAAUUCAACGACAUUGCCUAUAACUCUAAUGUCUAUCUCAAUCGAUUUGGAUUGCCUAGUGAUGAGAAUACUCAGCAAAACUAUGACUACUGUAUCCUACCUAGUGGAAGGGAAAGCACCUUAAAUACUUUCAGUUCAAAUGAAUACGAGGUUUCGGUGGAAGAAAAAGCACCUGAAUUGCCAGUUCGUCCAGACAGUCUUGCACCGAUUUCACGCUCAUCAAAUAUCUCGGUUACUCAAGAAACUGAACCACUUCAUUCCCCACGUUCUGAUUCUACCUAUAGUAGGCAGCCUCUCCUGUCACCAAGAACUUCAGCACUUUCUCCGAGUGUAGAAGAUUUCGACCAUGGUAGUCUCCACUAUGUGGAAGCCCUUCCCAAACGUUCCAUUGACUGUGGUGAAUCUACAAUUUCUAGGCUCCUGAAGAAGUCAAAGAAGUGA